ACAAACCUCAUGGCUCCACCUCAUGAGAGAGAAGAAGACCACAGACUGACAGACAUUGAAAUCAUACAAGUGGACACUACAUUUUGCCAUGUCACUGGACUCUGAGCUCACUUGCAGUGCAAAGAACACCAUGCAGGAUGAAGAUGGAUACAUGACCUUAAAUAUCGAAACUCGAAAACCAGCUCUCCCCACAGCUGACCCUGCUUCUUCAUCACGGUGGCGUGUGAUGGCUCUGGUGCUGCUGUUCUUGUGCACUGGGCUGGUCAUUGGGCUGGUGGCUCUGGGGGUUAUGUUUGUCACACAGCAAAACUGCCUACAAAUUGAGAAUAAAAGUCUCCCAGGGACUCUGCAACACUUAACAAACCAGUCCUCCCAAGAUUUAAUAAAUCAAUCAAAAGAAAAGGAUGAUUUCAGGCAUAAGAAUACCACAUGUGCCCCAAACUGGAGACCUUAUGAAGAUAGGUGCUAUGGGUUUUUCAGGCACAACUUAACCUGGGAAGAGAGUAAGCAGUACUGUAUCGAUAGGAAUGCCACUCUGUUGACGAUUGCCAACCAGGACAUACUGAAAUACAUCAAAUCCAGGACUGCAUUAAUACGUUGGGUUGGAUUGUCUCGCCAGAACUCUGAUAAAGUCUGGAAGUGGGAAGAUGGCUCAGUUUUCUCCAAAAAUAUGUCUGAACUUUCUGAAAAUGCAAGAGAAAACAUGAAUUGUGCUUAUUUUCAUAUUGGGAAAAUUCACCCUACCUUCUGCCAGAACAAACAUUAUUUAAUGUGUGAGAGAAAGGCAGACAUGGCAAAGGGGGACAAACUACUUUAAUGCAAAAAGAUGGGCAGGAUGGCACAGACAAAUGUUUGAUUGUGUAAUAAAAGAUCUGAAUG